GACACUCGGCAUUCUCGAUUCUCAGUUGCCAAAGUUCGUUUGCCGCGACGCGUUGCAUGAUCUCUCGAUCGUCCCGGGGCGCGUGUUUGUGUCUAAAAAUGUGCCACCAAAAAUUCACAAAAUAAAAAGCCAUCCCACAAACUGAACAGAACUAGAAAGGGGGAAACCAAAAUGUGUGCAAAAGUAUUUUGUCUGCUGCUGAUCUUUGCCUCUCAGGCGCUGCUGAGGGGCAGCGAGGCCAAGCGUUUCUUUGGCGUGGGCCAGCGCAUCGAGGGGGAUCAGCUGCUGCUCAAGGAUGUCCAGCACUCGCGUCCUGCUGGCAUCAGCGAGCAGCCCCGUGUGGUCUUCAACUACGAGAUACCGGAGCCCAUCACCUACAUCGAGAUCGUUUCGGAGGAGAACAUAUACGCGGAGGUGAAGUUCAGCUAUACGGAUCAUCUGGUUGUGGGAAUGAUCAGCGUGUUGGGCAGCAAUCAGAGCCAGGACGAGACGCUGCCCCUGCCGCUGCCCACGGCCGCCUUCGAUGUGACCAUCCUGGUGUUCGGCUUCAACCACACCGUCCUGAAUGUGAAUCCCUCGCUGCUGAUCAAUCGCGAUCGACAGUUCGAGGGCGAGAUGCAGCCCUACGAGGACUACGACGACGACGACGAGGACGAUGGGGAGUUCGGGCAGGUGAGCAAAGAGCUGACAGAGCUCUAUGACAACAUCAAGCGGGACGCUUUCGAGGUGGACAUCGAAGAGGAGGACGAAGAAGCGGAAACAGAGGCGGAGACGGAGGGUCCGGGCUCGGGGGCCAGCUUGGAGUUCGAUAACAUCGACAAGGUCAUUGAGAUUGGUCACAGGCAGCCGGGCGACCAACUGGUGUACGAGACCUUCCAGACCUCGCCGAAUGAGUCGUCGGUGGAAACGAACCACACGGUGGUGUUCUACUACGUCGACAGCGACUCCAUCACCUACGUGAAGUUCGUCAUCUUCGGGCACUAUUCUGAUAGAAGCGGCACGGAUCCCAGCUAUGUGCCACCUGUGGCAGAGUACAGCCAUUAUUCCAGCUGCACUCUGAAGGCCGUCAUCACGGACUUUAGCACCGUCUCGCUCUUCGUUCAGAUGUUCGUCUACGGCUACAGGGCCCGCGAGGCUCCGGCCACGUACGAGCCCUUCCUGCCGCCCCCCCACUGGCAGCGGCCCACGGAUGACCCGCCGCUGACGCCCCUGCAGCGCAUGCAGCUGCUGCUGAUGACGGGCAAGGCCACCACUGCCGCCGCACCGCAUAGCACGGGCAUAGCCGACGAUGAGGAGGAUCUGCUGCGGACGAUGCGGCCCGAGGACAUGCACUACGAGAGGACGCGUGCGGAGGACCAGCGCGGGGACGAGACGAAUGCGGCCCUGCCGCAGCUCGAUCGCGGCUCCUGGGCCCUGAUGUGGCUGCUGCUGUUGAUCCUGCAGCAGCAGUAGUGGGGGUAUCGUUAGUUAAUCCAUUGAAAGCUUUAUGAGUAGACUUUAGUCCCAACAUUCUUUGUAUUGUAUUUUAUGAAAUAAACUCUUGGCCCAAGCCAAACCAAGCGAAA